AGAAUGAACGAGCACGCAGUAGCUACUUCGUGUAAGUGAUAUCAAGGAAAGCAGCACUAGAUGGCUACAGAAAAUUACGACAGUGCAAGCGAGUACAAUGUUCUUGAGAUCAUCAAUACGCGACUGUUGGUUGUACUGGUUCUUGUUCCCAUCAUCUUUUGUCAUAAUCGAUACGAGUUGGAACCAACCUGAGUAGAAAAAACCAUGUGCUCGUUUUUGCUAACUUCCUGGGUUCUGCAGAACCUGUCGUUCUUGAACUUUUUUAUGCAGCGACGCGGCCCAGACGUUACGACGCACAUACGUCAAAAUGGUUUUUCAUUCGUGCACAACCUUCUGCACAUGACCGGUGAGCGAGUGCUUCAGCCACUGAGCUAUCGUGGAGGUGAGAUUCAUGUCCUUUUCAACGGCGAAAUCUACAAUUAUCGAGAGGUGGAAGAGCGGUAUAAGGAGCCACGUGGUUCAGCGGCAUCAUCAAGUAGUAUGGGUGAUACAACCGAGGAAGUCGACAUUAACUACAAACUUUUAAGUGUUGGCGGCCCUGGGUCGGAGCGUGCGGCGCAUCUGCGUCAGCUGGAUCGGAAUCAUUUUUUGCCCACUUCGCCACCGGCGCCAGUUGGCAAGGGUGAAUCUGAGAUCAAAAAAGAUCCGCGAGGGACUCCUUCUUCGGCCUCAAUUGUGCCUAGUGGAGAUGAAGCAGGGUUUGCUAGUUCCGACGGUUUGGUGAUUUACCCAGCGUAUCUGGAGCUUGGCGAGCGGUUUGCGCAGAUCCUAGACGGGGAAUACGCGAUCGCAGUGCUCGACUUCAGGCGGAACAAGCUCUUUUUAGCAACCGACGCCUUCGGCACGAAGCCGCUGUGGUAUUCAACCGACAGGGGGCUGCACGUGGCCACUUACGAGAGUGCGCUGGAGAGGCUGGGCGUGCAGGAACGCAAGCAGGUACCUCCGAAUAGCAUAGUGUUGAUCGACUUGACGACGAAGUUCGUAACUGGCACUCGCACAAACUUUGAGUUUGAUCUACGGCAGUUCAAAAUGGAUACGAGCGACUGGAUCGCCGCGUUCGUGCGUGCUGUGGCUCGGCGCGUGCGCUAUCAGCGACACGGUGUUUUUCUUGGUCUGUCCUCGGGGUACGACAGCGGUGCGAUAAACUUGGCGCUGCACAAGCUGCGCAAGCUGCACUUCGCUUACACCAUCUACGCGGGCGAAAACCUAGAUAUCGUUGGGCAGCGCCUGGAGCAAACGCAGGACAACGCGGAAGGCAAUGUAGUUCUCUUCACAGAGCAGCAGCUGGAAUCCGAGUACGCUUUUUUGCUGAACAACACAGAGCCGUUCCAGUACAAGGCGCGCGAAGGUCAGCCAGUGGCCGUCAGUGGCGACUUUGCUAGCAGUGGCUUGUCCUACAUCUGUCGGGAAACGCGCAAACGUGGCAUCCUAAUCUACCUCAGCGGCAGUGGCGCAGAUGAAUACAUAUCCGACUAUGGCUUCAAUGGCGAAAAAAUCUACCCCCACUCAAACUUUGGCGGACUCUUCCCCGACGACCUGAGUGAGAUUUUUCCUUGGCAUUCGCUGUUUCUUGGCACGCAGCGAGACUACCUCAUGAAGGAGGAGCUGAUUGCAGGCACGCACGGCGUCGAGGGUCGCUACCCCUUUCUUGAUCGCGAAGUUGUGCAGGAGUAUCUGUGGCUUCACCCGAGUGUGAAAAACUCGAAAUACAAACGGGUUCUGCAAGACUUCUUCGAGCAAGAAGGUUAUGCAUUUGUUGGUGGGAAGACCGGCUUUAACCCGCACUGGAACAUGAAGCCGGAGGGCAACGUGGAGAUAGAGCGCAUCUUUGACAAAGAGGGACAGCGGCAAGACGCGCACUACAAGUCGCAGGAUGCGGCAGCGGCAGGGCAAGGCUCGCAUCAGGACUUCGCCUCUAGUGCUUUGUCGGCUCAAGACAAGUCAAAGUCAGAGAACGUCGAUACAAGUAGUAGCUCCGAGGAGAAGGACUGGGAGAAAGGUUUCGAGGAGACUUCGGUAGUCCUGCGGCCCGAAGUGCGUGCGCAAUUGACCGAGGCAGAGGCGCGUUUCGCUGUGAGGCCAGAUUUUUCUCCGGAGACAGCAGGAACGCUGGUAUCUUGCUUACGUCGCAUUAUGUUUUUCUGGAACAGAGCUAGGAAGAGCAAUCAAGUAAAUGGGAUUGUAAAAACAGCCCACUAGAAUGAUUUGAGGUCAUCACUGAAGAUCCUAAAAAGCUUUUCUGCUUUCUCUGAGUCUUGUCAUGCUUGGACUCGUUUAACAGGUUUCCGAGCGAGCCUGCCGCGUGAAGUUUGCUGUGAAUUUGUACGCGCAUUCUUGUUGUAAGGGCGUCGACGCGCUCAGCACCGUUUCCAGUGGCGCUGGAAUCCAGCCAAUUUUCGUCGAGCAGGCGAACGCGUUCUGCUAUCCUGAACCGCUUGAGCGCGAGAUCCGUCGCAUGGAGGAAGCGCGCGUAGAACUUGCAGAGCUUUACGCCGAAGUCGACUAUGUGCGUGGCGCAAUCGAGCAGGAGAAAGAUCGACUACAGAAAUUGCGUGAGGAACUGAACGAGCAGAGCGUUCUCGUGCGCCAGGGCAGUAUGCAUCUUGUGCUCAUGCGGCACUCGAAGCUGGAGGCGGUCGCGGACAAGACGCCUCCGGCAUUGCCACCGACGAGUGCGGAGCUUGGUCUUAGCGACCACGUGCAGGUCAUCACGUGCGUUACGGGAGAGGGGACGGUCUCAGAUUUUCCGGCUUUCAAAAUCUUCGUCUCGAGCAUGCUCAAGCAGGGAGUAGGAGUAGUAAAUGUCUGCGACAACAUGGUUAUGACCUAGUAAUAUACAAAGAAGGAUAAGAUAGUAAUGCAUUUGCUCUAGUUUUCCACCACAAGGCAUAACUGUCUGCGACAACUUGCUGCCUCUGUAGUCGAGCAAAGAUCCUUUGAUUAUAGAGGAGUCUGCAACCUCAUUGCAGUAGCGACUUUCAGUUCGAUUAUGGUGUGCGACUUUGAAGUUAGUAAAGCCUAGUUGUUUAGUCAUAUUGAAGUGAUUAAGUCUUUCAUUUUCGAGUGGACGACCAUGUCUGCGCGUUUGGGACGGUACCGAGAGUAUUUGGAGAACCGCGCUGCUGAGACUCCGGAGGGGGCUUCAGACGAGCGCUUGUUCUGGGUGUCGGAUGGUAUGGAUGUUUUCUUCAAUGACAUGAGUCCAGUACUCGAGAUCGAGAAAGUGGCCAACAUAGCGGAUCUGAUCCAGAAACGCUUUCGUGCUUUCGGCAAGAAGAUCGUAGUUUCAAGCGAGCGUUUGUGCGGUUGGGGUGGAGCGCACUUGUGUACGAUUGAGGACGAGAACAAUUUUCCGCCUUCACCGACGCUCAGCAAGUACCUGAACGCGGGCGGUUACAUAGGUCGUGCGCACCACCUAGCGCAGAUGGUGUCGACGGUCAUCGGAUUCGCGGAAGACUGUCGCUCUACGGAGGAGAAACGGCGAUCUAGGGAGUGCGGCAGCGGAGAGGGCUCACCGGAUCAAUAUUAAGAAUGCUCUUGAUGAAAUUCAUUUUAUCGAUUUUGCUUAGAGCUUUUAUUGGGCCUCUUUUUUACUUCAGCGUCGAGAAGUGUGUGCGCCAGAAGAAGGGAGCUUUAUGAAACAUUACUGCCCCCCAGGUCGUGUCGUCUUAUCAGCUAUGAGGGACACGCUCUGUGGCUGGUUCCGCUCUAAUAGAAUCUUUUUAUGAAGUACUUCUGGCAGAACAAAGACACAGUGGCCUUGGACGUGUGGCAGAGCAUAUUCGGGAAUUUCAUUGAAGUUGAAAACCUUGCCUGUGCCGAUGGCUGGCGCCCGCGCUGCGCAGUGGAGCCGUGCUGCACACAAAGUGACCGCAUAGAGUUUUUCUCACCGCUGUCGCACGGAACGUACACCACGCGUGGCUGCUCAGUCUAUCGUCAGAAAGAGACGCCGCUGGAGAGCUGGGUGGUUACGCUGCAGGAGACGGCCACUAGCGAUGCAGCUUCUCUGCCCUUCUAUCCGGAAGCGCCGGACCUGUUUCUUAAGCGGCGCGAGAUGGAGAAGUGGAUUAUGGGUGGAGCACAGUACCACCAGGGAAUCAAUCAGGAGCAAGGCAAAAUAGAAGAAGGGCCGAACAACGGGGGCGCGCCGUCAUCGAUAGGACAGCAGCCGUCGGAUCUGCAUGUCUCGAGCGAUCAGGGACCAUUUCCGGGGGAAACCGAUGCUUACACUAGGCCAUGGUCGUUGCCGAUAUCCUGGCACGGGAACGGUUGCGGGAAGUGGAUUUUCAUCAUGGCUCUAGACAGUUUAAGUCGAGAGUGUCCACUUGUUGCGCAGCUUACGUCCAUCCUUGUUCGAAACCAAGCCACAAACGAUCAAGAGGUUCUCAGGCGGCUCGAGUCCAUGCAAAAAAGGCGCUGGGACGACCCGCGCUGA